AUGAAGCUUCUUAAUCUCCUCUUCGUUGCGUUUACGCUUGGCGGCGUCUCUUCUGCUACCCCCACCCCUAAGGCGGAUGCAAUCGAACCCAUCACUGGAACUGUCAUUGGCACAGGUGUCACUGAAGAUGGCGAGCCUUACACUAUCACGUCUGACUUCAUUGAAUUGAAAGAUUCAAAGUGGCGUGAGUUGUCUAUUGCUUGUUCUGCUAAGCAGACGUCGUGGGCCGCACCCGAAGCUAAUAAAUCUCGCACAGUGGCCGAAAUGAAGAACUACCCCGGGAAUUUCACCUCCCUCGAAAAGCGACAAGGCACUGGUGCCAGUUUGAACUGUAACCAAUGGUAUUCUAACAAAUAUUGCUACUGCGACGGCGCAAUCUCGAAUCGUGGCGAUUCUUACUGGGGUAGCCAGGAGUUCUGCAGCAACAAUGUUAAUAGAAACUUUCGGGGAGAAGUCUACCAUGUCAAGUGGCUACCAACGGUUAAAAUCGAGUAUUGGGCGGGGAACGUGUGCAACUACGAUAGAUAUAUUGGAACCGACUGCGGUGAUAUCUUUCUUGACCUGAUCGAUUGGUGUCAAUGGACGUGGAUGGCUGCGAAGGGAGGAAUAAGGAAUUUUGAUGAGUGUCUUUGGUUUAGGUUUGAUGUAAAUAGUCGUUAG